AUGUACACCAGAAAACGCUAUAUCAGAACCACUGAGCAUCAGGACAACAGGAACACCAGUAACACUGACAACAGUAACACUGACAACAGGAACCCCAGUAACACUGACAACAGUUACCCCAGUUACACUGACAACAGCAACACCGACAACAGUAACACUGACAACAGUAACACUGACAACAGUUACACUGAGAACAGGAACACCAGUAACACUGACAACAGGAACACCAGUAACACUGACAACAGUAACACCGACAACAGUAACACUGACAACAGUAACACUGACAACAGUUACACUGAGAACAGGAACACCAGUAACACUGACAACAGGAACACCAGUAACACUGACAACAGUAACACCGACAACAGUAACACUGACAACAGUUACACUGAGAACAGGAACACUGAGAACAGUUACACUGACAACAGGAACACUGACAACAGGAACACCAGUAACACUGACAACAGGAACAACAGUAACACUGACAACAGGAACACCAGUAACACUGACAACAGGAACACCAGUAACACUGACAACAGGAACACCAGUAACACUGACAACAGGAACACUGACAACAGGAACACCAGUAACACUGACAACAUGGACAACAGUAACACUGACAACAGGAACAUUAGUUACACUGGCAACAGGAACAUCAGUAACACUGACAACAUGGACACCAGUAACACUGACAACAGGAACAUCAGUAACACUGACAACAGGAACACUGACAACAGGAACACCAGUAACACUGACAACCUGGACAACAGUAACACUGACAACAGGAACAUUAGUUACACUGGCAACAGGAACAACAGUAACACUGACAACAGGAACACCAGUAACACUGACAACAGGAACACCAGUAACACUGACAACAGGAACACUGACAACAGGAACACCAGUAACACUGACAACAGGAACACCAGUAACACUGACAACAGGAACACCAGUAACACUGACAACAGGAACAACAGUAACACUGACAACAGGAACACCAGUAACACUGACAACAGGAACACCAGUAACACUGACAACAGGAACACCAGUAACACUGACAACAGGAACACUGACAACAGGAACACCAGUAACACUGACAACAGGAACACUAGUAACACUGACAACAAAAACGCCAGUAACACUGACAACAGUAACACUGACAACAGUAACACUGACAACAAGAAUACCCGUAACACCGACAACAGUAACACUGACAAGAGAAACACUGAAAAACAAAUACAGAGACAUUCCGUUAGGGAUUUUUUCGCCAUUAACACACAUGCAGUCGCUGCAGCUCAUCCAAUUAUGUCGUGGAAUGCACGUGCUUCCCGCCUCGACUGUCCGACACGUUCACCCGGUAAUUUAAAACCUAUGAAAGUUUGCAUCUCAGAAAUAGUCGGGUGA